AUGGAGAAGAACCUCCGAAUAACUGGACAUGAACAGAUCCAUAUAAUACAAAGACGGACGAAUUUACGUAGCCCUAACUCUGAAGUCGUUGGCCCCCGUGCACAAAGCCAGGGUUUGGCGGGCAGUUAUUUUAGGUCUGCGGAGGUCAUCAGUAUUGGAGUAGACAGUUUGACUAGAGCGUAAAGACCGUUUUAAAGCCCCCCUGACUGCAUAUCUGAGAGCGAAUCAGGAUCAGCGGAUCCACCCCACACAGCCAUAGCCCUGCUUUACCUAACCAUAGCGGUUCCUGCAUACGCCGUUAUGAGCUCCUGGUACGCGUCUGGUUCUCCGAACGACGCUCCCUCCUCAUUCCCAGCCGUUAUCGAGGAGAAGCCGCCGAUGAGGAGAGCGUUUUACCUGCUUCGGAAAACGUCCAAGAAUCGCAGCGGUAGCGGUAAGCAACAGCAGCAGCAGCAACCCGUGGCAAACAACAACAAUAUACCUUUCAUGAUCCACUGCCAGAUCGGGAAGGAGAUCAAGCACAUAUGCAGCAACUGCCGCGGCGCAGACCCACAUGAAGUUGAGGAGGUGGAGCGACUGGCAGCGAUGCGAUCUGAUUCGCUUGUCCCUGGCACACACACCCCUCCCAUUCGCAGACGGAGCAAGUUUGCCACCCUCGGGCGUCUGUUCAAACCGUGGAAAUGGAGGAAGAAGAAGAGCGAGCAGUUCAAGCAGACAUCUGCUGUCCUGGAGAGGAAGAUGUCGACCCGGCAGAGCAGAGAGGAGCUGAUCAAGAGAGGAGUGCUGAAGGACAUCUACGACAAAGACAGAACGGUAGUAACGAGAGGAGAGGAGGUCAAUAUGGAGAACGGGAUGUCUCCAGCGUUAGGAGGGUCUGAUCCAUCACAUUGUGAUGGAGCUGAGCUGAUGGAUGGAGCAGGGUCAGCCAUAGGUACAGUAGAGUUCCAGUUGUCUGGAGAGGGGACGUCUCCACAAGACCACACCCAGAAUCCCAGCCAGACUCCACCCACUAAGAAGGUCAUGGUGUAUCCAGGCGACGGCGGUGGGGCAGAGUCAUCUCAUCACAUCCUAAAACAACCUAAACAACCCCCAGCGCUACCACCCAAACCCUUCAACAGACUGCCCAACCACAUCACAGAGGGUAUGCCAGUGAAGCUGCCCUGUAUGUCCAUGAAGCUGUCUCCUCCUCUACCUCCUAAGAAGCUGAUGAUCUGUGUGCCUGUGGGAGCGGGGGUAAGCAAGGAGCCCUCGGCCCUCACCUUCCAGAAGUGCCCCCCUCCCUCUCACCAUGUGGGGUCCCUUGGGGGCCACUCCCUACACUACGGGACACUUCCUGUGCCCCUACACCCCCCCAGCCGCAUCAUCGAGGAACUCAACAAGACCCUGGCCCUUACCAUGAAGCGAUACGAGAGCUCCCUGCACCAUGUGGUUCCCACGGUGAUGAUAGCAUGUGAUAACAACAAAGAGAACCUCUCCAAUGAAGAAGACUACCAAGACAUACCUGGGUCGUACAGGGACGAGGAGGAUGAAGAUGAUGAUGAAACACUGUUUUCAAGUACCCUGGCUCUGAAGGUAUUGAGGAAGGACUCCUUGGCCAUUAAGAUCAGUAACCGUCCGUCUGUGAGAGAGCUAGAGGAGAAGAACAUCCUGCCCAGACAGUCAGACCAGGAGAGACUGGAGUUCAGGCAGCAAAUAGGCACCAAGCUCACACGGAGGUUGAGUCAACGGCCAACUACAGAGGAGCUGGAACAGAGAAACAUACUCAAACCGCGCAAUGAACUGGAGGAGCUAGAUGAGAUGAGAGAGCUAAAGAAACGCCUGUCUAGAAAGUUGAGUCAGAGGCCUACAGUGGAGGAGCUGAGGGAAGCUAAGAUCCUGACCCGCUUCAGUGACUAUGUAGAGGUAGCCGAUGCCCAGGACUACGACAGGAGGGCAGACAAACCGUGGACAAGACUCACAGCUGCAGAUAAGGCUGCUAUACGUAAAGAACUCAAUGAAUUUAAAAGCACAGAGAUGGAAGUGCAUGAGGGUAGUCGGCAUCUAACCAGGUUUCAUCGACCAUAGUUCUUCUUAUGCCAUCUUUUUCAAGAACCUCAAGUGCUGGACCUCAAAACUGCUGCCUCUGUGUACUACACCCCUCCCCUUCCAGACCAGAACUGGACCAGAACCACACUAGAACCAGAGUAGAACGUGAUCUGAACCUGGCCGGGUGUGUACAGAACUGUGCGACUGACACUUCUACAGACUCUAGUGUUGACCCAAAAUGAAUGGAAAGGGCAGACUGGACCAACUACAACAGUAUUUUGGUCCAGUGGUCACAGUGUGGUCGGGUUGGGGAGAGGGACUGUCAUACACAUGAAGAGACUGACAGAAGGCACUAGACUGACUGGCUUCACUGUCAACUGAGAUUAUAUGGACUAAAAAGUAUUGUUUUUUUAAUAACCUUUUAUUAUAAUUGUUAAUAAUGAAGAUGGUUAAUGUGUUUACUUUAUUGCAUUUUGGUUUUUGACGGUACUCUAUGGAGGAGUUAUGGAACUCUGCUCCUAUAUCUGUGCCAAUGGGACUUUGGGAUUGUGGGAGAUUUGAGUUUGGCAGGGUAUCUAAAAAAAUUUAAUACAGAGACCUCCUACAACUGAUUAGGAAAAAUGAUUCUCCUCCAAGGGCUGCUGUUUCCAAAACAGAGGGACCAAUCCCUUUCAAUCAGAUAGGACUGCAGAAUAGGAUUCUGUAAUAAGUGUGUUGCAGUACUACUUACAAUACCAUAUACACCAUGUGCUACUUGGGAAGCUGUAGUAUGAGAAUAUGGUCAGAAUAUAUACCCUUAAAUGUUGAAAUACAACACAUCCUGUCCAUGUUGUGUUCAUGUUGAUACAGUAUGGAAAUAUGAACCUAGCAAUAAUUUAACUUUUCUUUCCUCCGGGGCUGCAUUCAAGAGAACAAUUACUGGGAACAUUUCAGAGAGCUGCCUGCUCAAUACCAAAUACACUUUGAAACGCUGUUAUGAGUUGUGAUCUUGAUGCAACCCAGAUCACCAUUAUUAUUGUUGAGAGUUCUGCAACCCUCUGUAUAGUGUCACUGUUUACAGGGAUGAAAACGUUGUCAAAUGUACUUCGUUUGAAUGACAUUUGAUAAAGUAUGUUGUCUAUACAACAUUUCAGCAGAGUGCGCCAUAGACUGGCAAGUUCACGGCCAAUAGUUAUGAAGGGAAUGGAAUUUAGAUUUCUGAAAACAGGAGUUUUAUGGUUCCACCUUGUUUCGCCUCAUAGUGGAGAACUGACAUUAGACAACCCUUUGGCUGUGAAUGAAAGUACUCUACAACCUUUAGCUCAUACACAGGAGACAGACAUUUCAAAAUGGUUAUUUUAUAAUAAACACAUGCAGUUGAUGGUCUUGAUCGUUUAGUCGGAGAACCCUUUGACUUGUGGUAUAUGUUGGUAUGCGUGUAUGUACAGGGAUAUGUUCAUAAGGUACAAAACAUGGAAAACGUUUUACAACGGAGUGCUUACUAAACACGACCCAGGACCGUCUCCCUGUGCCUCCAUACUAAGAAAAGAAAGAGAACAUUCUUUGGGAAUUACUGUAUAAGACGUGUACAUAAUACAAAAUAAACUCAAAUGUUUUUCUUUUUUGUACAGAGGGAAACUGCAUGUGAUGAUUGUUAACUUAUUGUUCGUCUUCUAUCAUGUAUGCAGUUUCUUAUCUAAAGGAAACGUAUUAAAAGACAACAUUCAAAAGUG